AAUCAGAUUGAGAACGAGAAUCAGAGGCCAGUGACUGUAAUUGCAGCAAUAAUCGUUCAAUGACAGCAGCCGCGGCAAGUUUUCCCGCUGCUGUCGCUGCCGCUGCCGCUGGUCACGCCCCCUUCGCCGACGCCCCCUUUGCGGUGAAGAAAGCCAAGGUGCACAGUUAACAACGCCUCAGAUCGACGGAGACGGGAAGAUAUCGUUGUGGUCCUGGUCAAGAAAGAGGACCACUUGAAGGACAGACAACCGCAGGACCCAAAGGACCUAGUCUAUAACUUUCGUAGAAAUAUAUAGAGGCCCGGAACUCAAUAACGUGUCACGAUGGUGAAGACGUUUCAGGCCUACCUACCGUCCACGAAUCGGACCUACUCAUGUGUUCACUGCCGCGCCCACCUCGCCUCCCACGACGAGCUCAUCUCGAAGUCGUUCCAGGGCAGCCAGGGGCCGGCCUAUCUGUUCAACUCGGUGGUGAACGUGGCCUGCGGCCAGACGGAGGAGCGGGUGCUCCUCACCGGCCUCCAUGCGGUGGCGGACAUCUACUGCGAGUGCUGCAAGACGCCGCUGGGCUGGAAGUACGAGCACGCCUACGAGUCCAGCCAGAAGUACAAGGAGGGCAAGUUCAUCAUCGAGCUGGCCCACAUGAUCAAGGAGAACGGCUGGGACUGAAGGGCUGUGUGGGCGAAUAGAAUCCGGAGCACAGCCGUUACGGGAUCAGGAAAAACAGGAACAGCAGCAUCAGCAGCAGCAGCGACGAUGAUGAUGGCAGCGGGAAAAGCAGCGAGUUCUCUCACCACACAAAUCAAAAUACACACGCGGCAAAUGGCAGACAUAGAGUGUUUACAAAAUGGCUAAAGUCUGGAGAAUGGAAACAAAAUGUGAAGCAAAAACAUAGAGGAGCGGAAUCGAGUUUUAGGGUACCACACAAUAUAUAUAUAUGCUAUUAUAUAGUGCAUAACUCGUCGUAUCUUAUAGAACAAAUCAAACAAACCAAGAAACCAAUCAAUCAGAUACACACAGGAUACAACACCACACAUACGAUCGAUCGACACGUCAUCCAUUAUAUAGAAAGCUUGAUUGGGCUUGGGAAGGAUCUCUGCGCUGGCCGCCAUCUAGGAUUUCCACACUUUCAGUUCCAUUACCAUUUUACCAUAUAUACCACUUUGUUUUCCUUUUACCACUUUGCGUUGCAAGUUGAUUCAAUUAUGCGUACUUUCUGUGCAGAGUUUGCCCUAAUUCGAUGAUUUCAAAUGUAUAAAACUGGCUAAAAAGCCGCACGCAAAACAAAACUUGCACUGCCAAUAAACAAGAGAAAUGUUUAGCAACCAAUAAUAAUACGGAAACGAAAAAACAGCAGCAGGAACCAUUUGAAACACAUGCGAAAUCAAAAAUCAGGAAAACCAAUUGAUAGCACUCACCGACAUACGCAAGAACACACAAACAAACAGACACACACACACUUUCAACGUAGUAGUUAUAUUUAAUAAAAUAAUUACAAUUAAUUAUUUAAUGCAAUUCAGCUUGAAACAAACAAAAACACACAGACACACACGAAAAAAGCGAGAUAAACUUAAAUAACAUUUUUGUCGAAUGUGUAAAGCGAAAAGAACAAGAAGAAAACAGAGUCGGCAUGGUGCGCAUACCCGCCGCUAGGUGGCGUUCAGGUGAUGUACCGAUGCACUGGGGGAAAAGAGGGGGUGGGAAGAGAAAGAAAUUAUAUAAAAUACAAGCAUAUGAAAUGCCUAACUUUAGAAAGAAUAUGAAUAUAUAUAUAUAUGUAAAUGUAUAUUUAUGUAUGUGAGAGAAAUGCGUAUUUAUGUCGCAAAAUAUCGUACAUUAAUCAAAUCGAACGGAGAGCUGAAGAAAAGCUAGGAAAUGCAUAUAUUAAACGGUGGAAAAAGAAAAGAGAGCGGGCAUAUUUUUAAAGCAAAACGGAUUAUGAAAUAUGUAUAUGCAAAAAAAUAACUGCCAAGAACUAUUCAAGUUAAAUGAUGUUCUCUAAGUAGUUAUAUAAAUGUAUCUGAGGAAUAUAUUUUGUGGUAGCAUUAAAGUAAACUAAAAAUAAAAGGAUAAAGAGAAAUGAUAAAGGAUAAAGAAUACAACAGAGUUCAAUAAACAAAAACACAAACAAAGAAAUCAAAUCCCUUUUGAAAAACGAGUAACAUUGAAAUUGCUGAAUACUUAUUUCGUCUUUAGUUUCAUCCUCUUAAGCAAUUGGCCGUACUUAAACUCGAUCUACAUAUAUAUAUAUAUAUACACACACAUAUAUCGUAUCUUUCCAACUUAAAACCUAGUUUUGUCGAAGCUUUGAGCUUUGUUCGACCAUUUAGGCAUUGACUACUGUACUCCAUGCAUGUGAUGCACCAUGAACGAAACACAAAUUUUGAAAAGCGGGAAAUUCAAACGAAAAGAAGAAAUCAACUGAUGUUAGUAUUUACAUACAUACAUGCCACUCUAUACAUACUUGCAUACAUACAUACUAAAACGAGACCACCUUUACAUUACAAAAAUGAAAAACAAACAUUAAAACACAUCAAAGUACAGUCAGCGACAUGACGCCGCAUGCAGAAGAUUAAGAUGUAUUAAAAUCUCAAUUCAAGAUUGCAAUAAAGCGCAUUUUUAGCUCAA